AUGACAUGUUUUGCAGGAGCCAACGUCUGGAUCAUCAGGAUGUGGACCAAGAACAGCAGCCCCGCCUUGCAGGCGUUCCACUUAGCCUUCGCCGUCGGCUGUCUGGUGGCUCCCCUGAUAGCAACGUCCUUUCUAUCCACGCUUCCGACGACGGACUACGAAGCUGUUGCAGAACCCCUCAUCGCGUUCAACAAAACCUCCUUCCUCCAAAGCCAUGCCAACCACGCCAUCCUUAACGACACCCAGAGCUCGAGUCGCAUGGAAUCGACGAUCCAAUACGCUUUCGGCAUCGCCAGUGGCUUCUACCUCCUCCCCAUAAUUUCUAUGAUAGUGCUAUACUGCAUCGACGGCAGCGAUGCCAAGCCGCCAAAGCAGAGCUCUUUGAAAGACGCGUUGCACCAGAAAGAAGCUGCGAAGGACAUCCGCUUCAAGAGGAUCCUCUUGACCUUGUUGUCCAUGUACCUCUGCGUCUACGUCGCGCAGGAGUGCACUGUGGCGCAGAUGAUCACAGCGUACGCGGUCAAGUGCGACCUCCAUCUGCCCAAGUCAACAGCGGCCCGAGUAGCAGCUGUUUACUUCUUAUCCUUCGCGGGCUGCCGGAUGGGCUCUUCGCUGCUAGCCAUCAAGGUGACGCCAUUCCAGAUGCUUCUAGGGUCGCACGUCAUCUUGGCCGGUACGGCGACCGUCUUUGUCCUAUGGGGCAACUCGUCCAAGACGGUACUUUGGGUGAGUUCGGCGCUUCUGGGAUUGGGGCAAGGACCAAUCUACGGUGUCAUUGUCGCUUGGACGGCAAACUACAUGGACAUCAGCAACGGUAUGAUGGCACUGGUCAUCGUGGCGUCCAGUUUGGGAGCGCUUUCCCCACCGUUGUUCGUCGGGCCAUUCUUGGACCACGAUCCUCCGGUCUUCCUGUACGUCUGCUUCGUGACAGUGGUGAUGGCGGUUGUUGUGUUUCUGGUCAUGUUGAUGUUCGUCAGGAAACGAUCCAUGCUGAGAAGUGUCGAGGACAAGCUUGGAAAUGUAAAUGCCGUGAAAGCCGAUGAUGCUUUUUCAUCUGACGUAAAGAGUGUUGAUAUGUAA